AUGUUUAGACUUGCAAAAGAGGCAGAUGACCUGUUAAUCGACAGAGCAAACGAGGCAAUAUUCAUUGACAGGGACCCAAAAUACUUUCCCCACAUAUUGAAAUAUUUGCGAGAAGGAAAAUUUCGUUACUCCAUGUGUGGCAAAGAGAUUGAAGGUAUUAGGGAAGACGCUGAGUUUUACGGGAUCGACUCCCUUGCCGAAAAGCUUAGAUUUGAGGAGGCUCAUCGUGGUCCAUUCUUUGUGGGAGAACAUGUAGUCUGGAGAGAUACCGACAUUCGACGGUUAUGCACCGAUAUGGGUAUACAGUUUGAUGGUUCGACAGAAAAAUUACCGCUUUGUUUGAAUGCGUUUCGCGAUAUCGAAGGUAUGGAUGAGCAUUGCUGUCCAUGGUGUCACUUGACGAGAACCGUUUUAGAAAAUAACUGCAUUUUUGAUUUUCCGCAUAGACAUACGCAUUGCGUAGGCACCAUUGCUAAGGCUUACGGUGACUCAUGCUGCUACGAUGUAACAUUUGGCAAAUGGCCUGAAGUUUUUCACGUUCUGGGAAGCAUGUUACGUCUAGAGAAUGAGCGAAAAUGA